AUGGCAUAUGAGAGUCAAAGCGAUAGGUCUGUGUCCCCCAUCCAGUCCAUCUGCGAGGAGAGCAUCACAGCGACGAGUGCUGUAAGCUUCCUCAAGUCGAGUGUUGAUGAGUCAAUCCACGAGGCUUUCGCUCACGAGACUCCUGAUGAAGCCAGAUUUCAUCACCAGCCGAGCGCCUUGUCAAGGGUCAUGAUAAUUAUCACAGAUAUUUUUGCACUUUCUCUCGGCUUUGGUCAUUUCGUAUUUGUCUGUUUAGUAGCAUCAUACGACGGCCGUCCCAUGGAUUUCAGGUAUGGGCAAUUUCAGGCCAUCCUAACCACGCUCGAAAUGGGGAGCUCACUUGGUACUCUGGAGCAACUCAUUGGGAGCCAAACAGUAGGCGGGGCUGCUGCUAUUCAUCUCAAAACAGCAGCUUUCAACCCUCUAGCUGUUAUGAUUCUUGCUCUAUGGUCAUUUUCUCCUCUCGGCAGUCAGUCGUUACUACGGAUUCUCCACCAAGAAACGCCGUCGGACGCUACAACCUUUGUCUAUCUGAACACUCAGAAAGCCUAUCCCAAUGAGAUACUUAAAGGCUCGAUGGGGGAUUCAUACAUUCGGAGCUUGAACUUAGAUGUAAAUAUCGCGACUGGACCAACUGAUCCUUGGGGGCAUACUAAAAUUCCCUUCUUAGAGCCGGCGGCUCUGAAUCUAAAGGAUAGCCAAUCUUGGCAUGAGAUGGCUAACAAUCAGACGAGGUCAUACUCAGCAUUAUUUGGUGUCCAGAUCUCUCAUUUACUCCCUGGGAACAGCAUGGUCUCCAUUGAAACAACAUAUGUGGAUUUGGAAUGCGAGCCUUUUGAAACGAAAUUGCGGCCUGAAAAUUCUUCCCUGUACGAGACAAAGCUGAAUCAAACAGCUCUGGAGGAAAUUGCUUCUUACACAGAAGGAAUGCUUCGCAACUACACUGGAGCGAUUACCAAUGGAAGCUGGUACGGAUAUCAGCAGGACUUAGAGAUUACGUUCAAACGCGCACACCGAUGGAAUAUUGCCCUGAACCGUUUCAUUGGCACAGAUUGGCUCGCCUUCAGGGAGUCUAGUCUCAAUGUUUUCCAAAAUGAAACCGCAAUCGAGGCAGGCUUGACCAAAAUGCUCGUUCAGUUUGACUUUGCAUGGGAGCGGAAGCCCGAAGAAGAUUUCUAUUUCUUCGCCAGGAGUGAGUGUCGCGUAUCACAGAAGCAUGUGGAGACUCGACUCUCUUGUUCAGUUAUUCCUCAGAAGCUCCAACCAGACUGUCACGCGGUAGCUCAGCGUCCGUCUCUCAAACCGCACCCGCCUGAGAAUCUGUCGAUUCUUUCUCAUCCCCAGAUAUUCGGCGCCAUUUCACGGCUCGUCCCCUCCGUGUUACUGUCUGGGAAAGGAACUCUAAGCUACAUCUUCAACAUGGCAAAUCUAACAAUAAUUUCAGCAACCGAUCUCAGUACACGUUUAAGUCAGGCCAUCAACACGUUCUAUCUGGUGCACCAGAUCUCCGAAUUUAUGGACCCCUUGCAAGUGCCAUCAUACGAGGUUGACGCUCCCUUUUCGGCUUGGACUGUUGGCAAUGCCACCAGAACAGACGUUUAUUAUGUUUACUUGAUAAACUGGCCUUGGAUGGUCGUCUGUCUGGUCUCCUGUCUAAUUCUUACGCUUGCAAGCAUCGUGGGAGUGGGAUUUGUACACUCAGGGCAUGGGCCGGAGGUCCUAGGCUAUGUCUCUACUGCUAUCCGAGAAUCUGAUAUUGACGGGCUACCUGCCAAGGCGGCACAAAUGGAUGGGGAUGAAUUAUCCAAGGCAAUGAGGAAGAAACGCUUUCGAUAUGGCCGAAAGCUUGGUGACAAGGGACCGCAUACGGUUGGGUUUGGACCUGAGGAGGAUAUAAUUAUUCUGUAA